AUGGCAUCGGUAAAGGUAGCUGUAAGGGUUCGCCCAUUCAAUCAAAGGGAGAAGGACAUGAAUGCCAAACUCAUUGUUCAAAUGGAUGGCAAAAAGACAAGACUCCUAACUGUAAAAAAUAGCAAAGAGCAAAACGAUGGCAGCCGUGAGAAGUACAAGGAUUUUACAUUUGAUCACUCCUACUGGUCGUUUGACCAUGGGGACAGUCACUACGCGUCACAGGAACAGGUGUUCUCUGACCUGGGCGUGGACGUCAUCGACAGCGCGUUCGAGGGAUACAAUGCGUGCGUGUUCGCGUAUGGACAGACCGGUAGCGGGAAGACGUUCACCAUGAUGGGAUCUCCGGAAUGUCAAGGUCUUAUCCCGCGGAUAUGUCGGCAACUGUUCUCCCGCAUGGCGGCGGGCAAGGAGUCAGGCUCCUCGUACCGUACAGAGGUCAGCUAUCUCGAGAUCUACAACGAACGCGUCAAGGACUUGCUGUCAGGGGACGCAGGACAUUCGCUUAGGGUCCGAGAACAUCCUAAACUAGGGCCCUAUGUGCAAGACCUUUCGAGACACUUAGUAUCGGAUUACGAUGAUAUACAGGAGUGCAUGACGCGUGGCAACCAGCAGCGCACAACCGCUUCGACGCAGAUGAACGACGUGUCGUCCCGCUCGCACGCCAUCUUCACGCUCACGUUCGUACGGGCCGGCUAUACUCGCCACAACAACAUGCCCUGCGAGACACUCUCCAAGGUUCAUCUCGUCGACCUCGCCGGCAGUGAGCGCGCAGACGCGACUGGUGCGACUGGACAGCGGCUGGUGGAAGGUGCUCACAUCAACAAGUCGCUGGUCACCCUCGGCUCCGUCAUCUCCGCGCUCGCAGAGUCCAGCCAACAGGCCGAUAAUCGUACUCCAAAAACUAAGAAGAAUGUUUUCAUCCCAUACCGAGAUUCCGUGUUGACUUGGCUUCUCAAAGAUUCUCUCGGCGGUAAUUCCAAGACGAUCAUGAUUGCUGCGAUAUCUCCAGCGGACUGCAAUUACGGGGAGACGCUGUCGACGCUCCGCUACGCCAAUCGUGCCAAGAACAUCAUCAACAAACCCACCAUCAAUGAGGAUCCCAAUGUUAAACUUAUCAGAGAGCUGCGUGAUGAGAUCGACAAAUUGCGUGCACAGAUCGCACACAAUACGAAUCCCGUGGAAGCGGAACCCGCGGUGCUGGCGACUCUGCAGCGUAAGGAAGCACAGGAGAAGGUGCUGACAGAGAAGUGGACGGAGAAGUGGCGCGAGACGCAGCAGAUCCUGCAGGAGCAGAAGGCGCUGGGACUGCGCAAGAGUGGUCUCGGUGUCGUGCUCGACUCUGACAUGCCGCAUCUCGUCGGCAUCGAUGAUAACUUGCUGUCAACCGGCGUCACUCUUUAUCAUCUCAAAGAGGGCGAGACGGUGAUCGGCAGCGAGGAGUUGUCGCCGACGCCGGACAUAGUGCUGAGCGGUGCGGGCGUGCUGCCGCUGCACUGCCGCGUGGUGCUGCGCGAGGGUGUCGCCACUCUGCUGCCCGCCCCCGGUGCACAGUGCUGGCUCAACACUGUGCUACUCGACGGACCUGCCAAGCUCAGCCAGGGUUGUAUAUUACUGUUGGGUCGCACCAACAUGUUCCGUUAUAACGACCCGGCGGAGGCAGCUAAGCUGCGGCAGGAGGGUAGCGCUUCCGUCAUGAACCUCUCACGUCUUUCGCUGCUCUCCUGGUCCACUACUGACCUCGCCGCAAGCACUGAGAACCUCAACACGACUCUAUCUGACCUGGAGAGUGAAAUAAAGUGCGAACGUAUCGAAGCGCAGCGAGCGGAGCUGGAGCGCGAACGUCAGCAGUUCCUGCUGCAGCAGCAGGAGCGGCAACGGCGCUGGCACGAGGAGCGCGAGCAGCUGCUCAUGGCGCAGAAGAAGCUUGACGAGGAGCGUUCAGCAAUGGAACGUGAGUACGCGGCAGCUUGCCGACGUCUGUCAGGUGAUUGGCGCGCGUUGGAGCGCGGUUGGGCGCUGCGCAGACGCGCGUUACGUUGCCGACAGCACGAGUUGGCAGCGCGCGUGCAGCGACACGGCGCAGCGGAGGUUGCUGCACGAGCACAUAUAGAAAAAGAGGAGGUUGAGAUAUCGAAUUUGCAAGAGAAACUCGGUGAUAAGAGAAAAGAGCUGAAGUCUUUUGUGGAAACCAGCAUCGAGGAUUUGCUGGGGAAAGGAUACGAAUUGAAUGAGAGUUCAUCUCCUAGUCCUGACAGUCCUGCAUCGGAGACGUCGACAGAGAGCCUGAUGCAUCUCCUGCAGCAGUGUGAACCCAACACUGCUAUCACGAUAAAGGAUACCGUCGACAGGCAUAAAAAAGAGUUGUUGGAGUUGGAACAGGAGUUGCAGAGCCGCGUGGCGACUGUGGCCUCUCACCGUGUGAAGGUGGAGCGGCUGCAGGCGGAGCUGGCCGCGCUGGGGGCGCAGCGCCGCGGCCUGCAGCGGGCACUGCGCGGUGCUCGCCCAGCCUCUGCUGACCCUGAGCACGACAGCGAUACUCCACCAGAAACACCUACAGGCGUGAAACGCAGCAAGUCAGAGCUAGUGUUGCGACACGCUCGCAACAACUCCCUCGACACUAGCGACACCCUCGACUCUGUCGACCCUCUUUCCGCCGCAGAGAGGGAGCUCUUUCAGAACAAGAAGUUGAGUCUAAGUUUAAGUUUGGACCCCCUCCCCUCGCCGAACUCCGCGUUACCCACAGACGAGACAUUCCACACGGCGACGAGCACGCCCAAGGCGUUCCCCGGAGACUCCGCCCCCGCCUCGCCCGCGCACCUUGUGGAGCCCCGGCCCCGCUUCCGUCUCGGCCCCGCACCGCCUGAUGACAGUGAUGACAUGUCCAGUACUGAGGAUUAUUGCAAGCCGAGAAUUGUGGAGGGACAGUCGUCUAGUUCAGUGGAGCGCUCUCCUGAAGAAAGACAUCAAAGGAUCAAAUAUCGUAAAAGGAUUACAGGAGAUAAAGGUCGUCGUCAGGUGACGGAGGCUGAGGCGCUGCGUGCGAUGCAGCGGCUGUGCUCGCGGAUCGCCUCACAAAAGCUGCUCGUCAUCUCCUCGCUGGAGAACGAUUGCUCCAAAGAGGAACUGAAUCGACAAAUUGCGGUACUGCAAGAACUACAAAAGAAGUACGUCCGGCUCGAGAUGGCGCUGCAGUAUUCGUUCUUCGACAACCAGGCGAACCGACGACCAAUCAUGGUGACACCGAUUCAGGAGACACCUUCUCUCACAUUGUCAGAGAGUGACAUGCAUGUCACCACUGACCAGACCAAUGACACGGAGCAGACCUUUGAAGAUCCCUUACUAAAUAGAUUAAAAGAGACAGAAGCGGAGGCAUCAGACAAUGUGUCGACGUCCAAUGACGAGCUGCCGUGUGAGGGGGCGUGGCGUGACCAGCUCGCAGCGGACCCGCGCGCACCCGUACCCGUACCCGUACCUGUACCUGUACCGAUAAAUGAUGACACAACAGCAUUAGGUCUAACACAUCCUAUUAAUUUUGCGGAGGUAGUGAGCAUACCGGGGUGGGUAGUGCGGGGCGCAGGCGCAGGUACCCAUCAUGAGUACGAGGUGCGCGUGUGGCUCGGCCCCCACUGCCACUGGCAGCUGCUGCGCCGCUACCGUCGCUUUCGGGAUCUCUACCUCGCUAUGCGACGUCUCUACGGCCAUAAGGUUGCAGCGAUCCCGUUCCCUGCGCGCGCGCUGUGGUCAUCGGAGGCGUUGGCGCGCGCCCGACGACCGCAGCUGGAGGCGUUCCUCCGCCGACUGUUGGCUGCGUGUGCGCAGGACUCACGUUGUCCGCUGCACGCCGCUCCACUAACCAGAGACUCGCUCGUUGCAUUCUCGCCAUUCUUCCGAAAGGGUGUGUUCGAGAGUGGCAAGUGUGGUACGGGAUGAUAUCGGCCGGAGCUCGCCACGGCGCGGGCGUUGGCGCGCUGCGUGACGCGUCUGGCGCGUCUGGCGGCGACCGCGGCACUGCUGCUGGCUCGCUGUGUCGCGCUGCUGCUGCUGCUGCUCUACCUCUGUGCGCCCAACCAGAGACAUCUGCGCCGCAGGUAGGGCACCAUAGACAACUGCGACAUGAC